AUGGAAGAGGAGAAAAGAAACUGAAAAAAAAAAAUCUGGUACCUGGUUUCGUGAUGUCGUGGAACCACCAGCCGAGCAAGGCCGCCGGGGAGAUGGCAUUAAGUAAGUGCUGUCAAAGCUCCGCCGUGGUGAAAGCCGCCAUCAACCCACAAGAGAACGAAGCUCCACAACAUCCACUGCAGAACAACUCAAAACCUGGUCCAAAGGGAGCUUAUGAAGUGAGGAGAGCGAACGACGGGUUGUACAUUAGGGUGGACAUGCCUGGAGUAGCAUCAUUAGAUGAUGUGAAACUCAACAACAAGUCUGACAAACAUUCUAUUACUUUCUAUGGAAAAGCCCCAAUGCGUGAGGGUUGGCCCCUUGACGACUCCCAAAGAGUUUAUGCUGGCUCCAUUUGUCUUGAUCGUGAUCCUGACUUAAUUCCUCUUGAAAAGACAUUCAAGAAUGGAUGUUUAAGGCUCUUUUUACCUGGUGCAGAUGGAAACCUUUGCUUCCUUACUAAUCAAGAAUCUGGACGGAGCCAAAAUCCUGCUGAUGAGCAAGUUCACCAACCUGGCGUCAUUAUAGGUGGAUUGGUUUGUGUAAUUCCUCAUAAGCCUGAUUGUGGCUGCUGCAAAGGAGGACAUUCAGAUAUCCAAGAAAGAACAUGCACCAAAGAAAUGUCUUUCAUAAACCCAUCUAUACUGCAGGGGGUUAGAGGUGUAUAUGAAACAAAAUUCCUCCAAGAAAAGGAAGGAGAUGGGUGGGGGAUGUACUUCAGGUUUGACAUGCCAGAUUUCAGCACUGCAAGAAUGUGUCAAGUGAAGGUGGAGAAGAAACGUUGUAUAAUUUUUGGACCAAUGGGCUCAAAAGAGUAUCCUCUCGACCAAGGAGGCCGGUCUUACUUCUGUAAACUCACCUUAUGCUGUGAUUGUUGCUACUUUCUCUCAGAGAAGGCCGUGCAUGAACUUAAAGACGGUGUUAUGAGAAUGUGGUUUACAAUUUUAACAAAGCAGAACAACAGUUCUUCAGCAAAGCGUGUGAGAAACAACUCUCGUCGGACCUAAUCUCACACCUUUGAUGGGGAUUUUGCAUGGCUGACCAAGAUCAAAACCAUAAAAAUGAUGUGCUUAUGUGGUAGUCUCAUCUGAAUUCAUCAUCUCAUCGUUGCGUUUAACACUAAUUGGUAUAAUGGGUUAGUUUUAACCUUAGUUAAGGUUACUAUGUAUUAUAUAUAUUACUAGUAUGUGCCCGUGUUAAUACACGGGAUAUUUAUUAUCAUGUUUGCUACUCUGGAUAAUAUCUAAUGUUAUUUUGUGGUUAUUUAUUAAAACAA